GCCACUGAAUUCCGACUAAAGGAACAUUCAACGAAAGUACAAUUAAGAGAAAAUGCUGCCAGUGAUAUGAGAGCACCUAAAACAGUUGCCCAAGAAUCAACAGAAGGGAUACAAUUGUUGGAGAUUGAUUCAGUUUCGACCAUUGUUAGGGAUCCAAAGCAGAUAACAAAUUACAAGUACAACUAUGGUAAAAACAAGGAUUCGAACGCUGACGAGUUAAACAAUAUAAUUGUUGAGCUUUUAAGCCAAAAACAACAAGGGGCGUAUUGUGUCAUCGAUAAAGAGCAACCAUACAUCAGGGAGUUUUUUCUGCGCGACUCAAACCGCGUACAAGAAUGUUUCUCUUGUCUCGAAAGAAACUGGAAAACAUCCAUGGUUUCCUCGUCCUCUACUUGUGCACCGAAGCAAGACCCAAGAGGAAUUUCAGCAUUUCUGGCAAGCAGUGAAACGAAAAACUCCACAGCUGAAGAACGUUGGCGUAUUUGGAACUGACGAAGAGUCUGCAGUUUAUAAUGGUAUAUUGUCAGAGUGCGAUGGCAAAACCAUACAUCUUUUGGGAUUAGAGCAUGUUAAGGCGAUUGUUGAAUGGAAACUUGACGAGCUCAAGUUUCCAAACGCGUCUAAAAGGCGCAUUAUCUCAGACAUAUCUGGAGGAAAAUUAACACAGAAGAAUGAGGGAUGAGAUUAGUCGUCACCUUCCACAAGGCGUAAAAAAAAU